UGCACUAAGUUUAAUUUAUUUUUACAGCAUGGUUGAAGUUUGGGGGGACUCCUAUAGGUCUUAGCUGUUAUGGCUCUACUUGGAGGCAAUCAUUUAACCUCACGUUUAUUUUAAUCGUGCGUGAAAUAGUGAACCUCAGGUUUUUUUUCUGUGUUCAGUGAAUGUGUUAAUGUUUGUUAAUAACAACCAUGUGUGAUCAUUCAUGAGUCGUCCCGCCAAUUAGAGUGUUAGUGUAGCCAUGGUGAUAAAAUAGUCACUGCGCUUGCCGCUUAACAGUGUUCUUUUAUCGACAUUGAUCUCCCGGCUGAAUUGCACCGAUGGGAACACGACUGCCACGACGAACAAUGGAUCUGAACACCACUACGUGGGAAGAUGCCCUGGAAUAACCAGGGCAUCAGGGGGCCAGGGGCCAUGUCAAAAUACACGGCAAGACGCUCACUUUUUAAAUAGUUUUUUAUUUAAAAAGAAAACACAUCAUGUUAAAUAAGAGGCACAUGUAUUAAAAUAUCCAGACAAUGCGCCAAACGCAGCCUAUACCUGCCGCUGAAACAGCGACAGCCCUGAAGAGCCCGGGGCGAUGCGCAGCGUAAUGUUGUCGGGGGGUUUUGACUUCUCCCAGCCAUUGCAAAGAAGCCGCUCUGCCUGACUGCCACGGAAACCGCUUCUCCUCUGGCUGCUGCAAGCUAAGCCCCUUUUUUUUUUCUUCCCUCUCCUAUCCUCCACACCCCUUCCAGCUUUGGCAGGUGUGGAACUUGAGCAUCCUUUCUAUCUUCUUAAUAACUUGUGUAGUCGUGCGCCCGCUGUAAUGGACGAAACGGAUAUCAUGGACUUAACGCAUCACAAAACGAGAAAGCGACCGCGUCCAAUCAGUUCUUUGGAUUCCGAGUCCAUGCACGCGUCUCUUAAACGGCUCCCGAUCCGAGCGCUGGAGUGCAGGGAUCCCUCGCUUAUGUUCGCACUUAGAGGAGAUCCGAUACCUGCAGCGUCUUUGAAGCAAAAUGAUCAUUCCGUGUCUUCCUCUCCGACCACAGUAAUGCCAGCGCAGGAUAACCGCUCCAGCAUGUCCCGGCCGAUGAUCAACCGGUCGCCGGCCUCCCCCCUCAGCAACCAGGGCAUCCCCGCGCCCGCCCAGCUCACCAAGUCCAACGCCCCGGUGCACAUCGACGUGGGCGGACACAUGUACACCAGCAGCCUGGCCACGCUCACCAAGUACCCAGAGUCCAGAAUCGGCCGUCUCUUCGAUGGCACGGAGCCCAUAGUGCUGGACAGCCUGAAGCAGCACUACUUCAUUGACAGGGAUGGACACAUGUUCCGCUACAUCCUCAACUUCCUCCGGACGUCCAAGCUCCUCAUCCCAGACGACUUCAAAGUGAGUGGAUGGUCCCGUUGGCCAGUCAGCAUUUCCUACCACUCUCAGUACACACAAAGAUCUCCCCGGCAGCGAGGGAACAUGCCCUCGUCCGUCUGGGAGCCCCUUUUUUUUCUUCGAAUUGGCCCAAACAUAAAAUAACAUAAAUAUAUAAAUAAGUGUUACCGGGCCCGGGGCUAAAUAAUUAGGCUGUGUGGAAUCGGGCAGCGUUACUGGUGGAUGUGAAGUGUAUGUUUUUUUCGUAUGGUCGGCGUUGGAGUCUUUCAGCUGUUGAGGGAGAGAUCUGUCAAGAUGUAGACGGAAAAACAAAAACAAGCAGCAUGACGAAAUAUAUCCAGUGCUGCCUUGAGACCAGAUAAAUAUUAAGGUAGUGGGCCAGUGCUGGAACUUCCUUACUCUAGUUAAGUUUGAGAAUCUGUGGGUGAUUCUAAACAUUUGUCUGUGUUUAUGUGUGUGUGUGUGUGUGUGUGUGUGUGUGUGUGUGUGUGUGCGUGUGCGUGUGUGUGUGUGUGUAGCCCUAUGAUUCAUUUAGGACCGCAAUUACAAAACACUCCCUGAGGAUAACACAAAAAAUUCCCCGAUAUCCGAUUGACUGUCUGCACUCCAUCCGGGGUAUUCAACUACAGUCAGCUAGACUAAGCAAACACACAAACACGCACACACACACACAAACACACAACAACAAAAAAGAGACAAAGACGGAUACACGGUACACAGACGCACAGGAGGGGUUCAUGUCGAGGGCAGCAUUCAAAUGAGUUAAGACUGGGUAAAAAACAGGCGGGAAGGGAGCAGAAGGAGAGGCUGGUGUGGUGCUCAGGGCCUGCAGUGCUGAGGGUACGUGAGAGUGGGCUGCGGGGCGCUCCCCACACAGCCCUGUGCUGCACGUCACACCGCAUCUCCUGUGCCCCACUCGCCUCCUUCGGUGGCUCUGCUGCUGCACGCUCUCUGCCGGAGCUGCUAGUGCAUGCUCUGGUGUGUGUCUGUCCGUGUGUGUGUCUGUCCGUGUGUGUGUGUGUGUGUGUGUGUGUGUGUGUGUGUGUGUGUGUGUGUGUGUGUGUGUGUGUGGGGGUUUGUGUGUGUGUGUGUGUGUGUGUGUGUGUGUGUGUGUGUGUGUGUGUGUGUGUGUGUGUGUGUGUGUGUGUGUGUGUGUGUGUGUGGGG